AUGGCACAUGUGGAGCAAAAACUCAGUGAGUUCACCAAGGCCCAUAACGAUAUAGCAGACCACGUUCAAGCACUUGAGCAUAAAAUAGAGCUCAUGGAGGUCCAUAUGGCAGACUCUGAAGACAGAUCAUGGAGAAACAACCUCCACCUACGAGGAAUACCAAAGGACGUUCUCCCUUGCGACCUACAAGCCUACGUCAGGCAUUUGCUCCUGAAAUACCGGUAG